CUCCGCACAAACUUGCAGAUAAACGCCAUGUCCACCAGGUGUAAGCCAAAGGCUCGGUUUAGUGAUAUGCAGAGAGACAUCCACAGGCUGCUGCUGGCCGCCCAGGCAGCACACAAGGCCGACAUCCUUACCUACACCUCUGGGCACCUGGGGCCCCGCAGCCUGACCCAGAGCCAGCCUCACAAGAAGACAAAGCAGCCUUUCUGGAGGAUGUCUCAGAUCGGGGAGGACUCCUCAGACCUUCUGACACUCCAGCUGAGAGAGACAGAGGCGUUGGCCAACAUAAAGAAGCAAGAAAUAAAAGACUCUCUCUGUGAGUUCACUGCUGCCACUGUUUCAGUCGAGCCUAAAGCAGAGGCCACUGAUAGCUCAUCACAGGCAGACAGGAAAGAGGAAACGAGGCCGCCCAAGAUGGUUCUGAGUACCUCAAACCCAUCGCCGGUCAAGCCAAGAUCUCUGCAGACGAAGUCACUUUCGUCUGAAGAGGAAGAGCAGCAGAGAUUCUGGUGCAGUGAUUCUCCCCGGGUGGGCCCGACUAAGAAAGACCAGCCUAAGAUAAUGCAGCGGUAUGGCAGGCGAAGGCUGGGCAAACAGGAUCUGAGCUGUGCGGCUGGGAGAAAGGCCGCUGAGAUGCAUGAGAGGAAACUAGAAAAGGAGCUGAAGAAGCUGUCAGUGCAGAGCUGGCCCAGCAGAGACCGCCUUGCGGUGUUCAGUGACGUCUUUGAUGAUGUAUGUGAAGGCUCACCAGUAUUUGGACGCAUCCUGAGGGAAAUUAAGACGGAGUAUGAUUUGUAUCUUAACUACAUUUUGGACUCCUACUCAUCACUCCAGGACAUGACACUGAAUACUCCACUUGAAGAGCCGGACAGCAGCGCGGUCAGGGCCGAGGAGCUGGAGGAAGCCGAGAAAGAGGUGUCCAGGCUGGAGGAGGAGGCCAGGAGAGCUCUAGAGGACAAUGACAGAGUCCGAAAUGAAUUACAGAAAGCACAAGCCAUGACAGAAGAAGACAGAGGUCCGACUCUGUCAGAGUGGUUGCAGGAUGACGAGGCCGGACGAGGCCUGUGGAAUGUGUGGAAGGAGAUCCAGCAGCUGGAGCAGGAGAUUAAAGACGAGAUGGUGUCCGCUGACUCAACCGCCGCCACUGAGCGAUGCAUUAGAGAAUCAAAGGCUGAGAUAGUGAGACUGAUAGCCUCAAAUGAUCGCCUGAAGACCAUCAGCAAGGAUCUGGAAAACAACAUCAACUUGGUGCUGGAUAGAGAGAAAGCAAGCGAGGCCUUAAGACAGGAACUGUGGGACAAACUAUCAUGCGGUCUGCUAAUAGAAGAUGAAUAG